AACAACGCCAACGCUGCUUCAGUCAACACUCUCACUCUUUCGAGGUUCACAACAGAGAAAAGAUUGGAAUAGAGAAAUUUGAGAGGUAGAAGACUGAGUAUCAGUGGAGAAGAUCGAAUUUAGGGUUAUGAUAAAAAGGAUGGAUGAUGAAGGUCAUGUUGAUUCUUUCUGGAAGGAGGAAAUUAGUCAGAAGGUUCAGACUCCUAUGACAAAGAAAAGGAAAUAUACAAAAAAGAAAAAGGAGUAUGAUGGAUGGGGAUCAACUUCCCUUAUUCGGUUUCUUGGAUCCAUUGGUAGAGACACAAGCAAUCAGAUGACUCAAAGUGAUGUCACUAAGAUUGUCAAUGAUUAUGUUAAGCAGAAUGGCCUUCAUCAUCCUACGAAAAAGAAAAGAAUUGUGUGUGAUGAGAAGCUUCAUUUGCUGUUCAGAAGGAAGGCCAUUAGCCGGUUGAAAAUUAAUGACCUGCUUGAAUCACACUUUGCUGAGAACUGUGAGGAAUCUUCUGAUGAUAUUUUUUCUAACUCAGAAGAUGAUGCGUGUGAAACACCGAAAACGACAGGUUCAGAGAGGAAGAGUCAUCCGAAGAUACCGUUAAUGGAAAAACCAAGGAGCUGCUUCGCUGCCAUCAUUCCUGACAACAUCAAACUUGUUUAUUUGAAGAAGAGUCUAGUUGAGGAGCUUCUGAAGGACCCUGAAACUUUUGAGACUAAAGUAGUUGGAAGCUUCAUAAGAAUCAGAAGUGACCCAAAUGACUACCUUCAGAAAAACCCAUUCCAGCUUCUGCAAGUCACAGGUGUAAAGAAGAGCUCUGAAGUCGAAGGGGAAAUUCUCCUACAAAGCUCUGGUUUCAUCAAAGACAUCAGCAUUCACAUGCUUUCAGAUGUUAACUUCUCUGAGGAGGAGUGUGAGGAUUUGCAGCGAAGAGUAAAAGACGGCUUGCUCAAGAGACCUAUGGUUGUAGAUAUAGAGCAGACGGCAAGAGUAUUGCAUGAGGAUAUGACUAAGCAUUGGCUGCCAAGAGAACUCAAUCGGUUACAAAAUCUUAUUGAUCGAGCUAAUGAAAAGGGUUUGCGUAGAGAACUGGAUGAGUACCUACAAAAAAGGGAGAAGCUUCAGAUUCCAGAAGAACAGGAACGUUUAUUGCAUGAAAUUCCUCAAGUUAUUGCAGAAGAUCUAGAAUCAGAAUGUAAAACACCAAUUGAUCCAGAGAUAAAAUCAGAAAACGAUUUACAAGAGUUAUGGCAGAUUACCAGUACAAAAGCAUCUUUAGUGACUGAGGUCCCAAAAGCAGUUGCAGAUGGUUUUCUAUACAAGGCUACAAAAAUGGAUAUGGCUGAUCUUGUAAAACAAGAAAACAAAUCCCCAAAGUCAAUUGCCAGUCUGAAUAGAGCAUCAAAAGUUCCUCUAUUCAAUAUGGCAGUGGACAGCACUCUGUCGAAUUACAUGUCUGGUGACACUGCUGCAGAGCAUCAAAGGUCUGGUAUGCCUGUUCAACAGCAGCAGCCAGAGCGACAGACAGACUCUGCAUGUAACAAAGAAGGCAUGUCUAAGCCAGCUGAAUCAAAUGAUGCUAAGAUCUCCGAAGGACCCUCGAACAAGCAGGUACGGCCAUCUCAGGUUGAGGUUAUAGAAUUGAGCGAUGAUGAAGAUGAUGAUGACAAAAAUGAAGAACCAAGCACUACAAAACAGGUUCCUGAUGAGCAGUUGAAGUCCUUAAAGUGGCAUUACAGAGAUCCCCAGGGACAUGUACAAGGACCCUUUUCCUUAAUUUCUCUAAAACGUUGGAGUGAUGCUAGCUACUUUUCUCCAGAUUUCAUGGUUUGGAAGUCCGGUCAAAGCCAAAAUGAAAGUGUACUAUUGGUGAAUAUUCUAUCCAGAUUUUUCCGCUGUUGAUCAUAUUUCAUAUGAUGCAUUUUGGUAUAGGUCAAUAAUUCUGUUUGAUUCUUGGGCAACCGCUAAUCUGCAACUUAAAAUUGCAACAAGGAACUCUUGCCCUCUAAUUGAAUCAUUUUUGUUUCCUCUUUCGGAUAAAGGUGGUAUUGAUGCUGAUGUCUCUUAUAGGCUGAUUGUAACUCAGGUGUACAAUAGGAAGAAUAGGCUGUAUGCAGACAAUUCUAGCACUAUAGAAGGUAGGAAGAUAGUGGGUAUAUUUUUUGAGCAACUAUUUGGUGAAAGGAAGAGACUGUGCUAGAUGUUACAUUGUUCUUACUAUUUCCAGU